AUAAAAAAAUAAAAAUGGCAAAAAUGUAAAAUUAACAGAAACCUCUAGAAAAAAAUAAUAACAAACCUGUAAUUAAGCCGACGACAAUGACGUGAGGGUUUGCAAGAAUAAUAAUAAUAAAAAAAAAAACCUUGUCAUUGUGAUACAUGGCAUCAAGACAGCUAGGUAAUAUAUCGUAUUGUUAAGCUGACGUCGCGACCACAUCAAUUAUAAGAUGUAAUACAAGUUAGAUAAUUUUCUCGUCAUCAACUGCACUUUCACUUUCUUUAAUUCCACGAUUCAAUAAAUAAAUAAAUAUAAUUUUAAAUUAUAGAGCUUCAAAUAUUUACCUAACGUUAAACAAAUUUUAAAUUUCCCAGUAUAUGUAUAGUAAAAAUUUUUUGGAGUGAACGCGGAUGAAAUCCAGAGUGAAUGCAGUGCAGAAGAUUUUUUUUUAAAACUCCAAAAUUUUAAGUGACGGAGUGAAUUUGAAUUGACUCCCGCCUUUUCACAGCGUACAGAUGGCGGAUUAAAAAUGAAGGUUGACUAAAAUCUCAAAGGGUCAACGAUUUAAAGUAAUUAUUAAAACUCGCCUUGGAAUUAAAAUUACUAUGAGGAAAUGAAUAAUAAAUAAAUAAAUAAGAGUAGAUAAAUGAUAAAAUUGAACGAUAAAACCGGAACCACAAGGUCCCUGUGGCCAGUGCCCAGUUGACCUCGGGUGGAUCGAGGGCUGACCUCCAGAUCUUGCUCUGUACAGGUGAUAGUACUCACCACCUUGUUCAUAUACAUAUGGAUGUACUCAAUGCCGACAAUGAGAGCAAGAGAGAGUCGAUAGAGAGGUCGAUGUGACCAGAGAUCGGUUUAUGUGGAGUUCAGUUCGCGAUUGGCCAGCAUCCAGUUAAGGAGUGCGGCAGAAUUCGCUUGCAGAUCUCCAGCAGUGUUUCAUUUUUCGAGUAAAGUUAUUGAUAAAUAAACGUAUAAAUAAAUAAUUAUUUACAGUGAAGUUUGAAUUAAUUAAUUAAAGGAAGACGUGAGUGAUUUAAUUAAGAUAACAAAUAAUUCGUCUAGACUCUUCCGUCAUCGCAAAUAAACUUGCAGUUUUAUUCUCCUACUCAGCUCGCUUUUAUUUAGCGAGCAGAUUUUUUUCUUUUUAAUGAAAAUUAAUACUUAAUUGUGGACACUGUGGAGUCGAAUGAGAUUGUAAGGAACAAGGAGACAGGAGGACUGGAAAUCUGGAGGGUGAUUUUUAUUUUCAAAAUUCGGCCUUAUUAAAACGUAGCCAAUAAAUAGAAUGGUAGCAUCUCAAAACGACGGCGAUAGAAGUGGAGGUGGUGAUAAUACUUCGCCAACAUCUAACAAUGCACCAUCACCAACACCAGCAGAAAGACCAGCUGCUGAUGAAAAUGAAACAGCAGUAUACACAGUAUCGGUGAGUGGGGUUGGAUAUAGAAAUGAAGGAUACAAAGAAGAUGGCACUGAUGGAAUACCACCGGAACCAACAAAACCACCCGCGUUGCCAGCCCCCGAGGAUGACACGCAGUCACGUAAAUUCAAAUUAUCUCGCAGCGAAAAGUGGCGGAUACUCAAAAAUAUCGGAACUGUGUCGAUAGCUUUCAUGGUGCAAUUUACCGCUUUUCAAGGGACUGCUAAUUUACAGUCAUCUAUAAACGCUCACGAUGGUCUGGGUACCGUAUCACUGUCGGCGAUUUACGCAGCGCUGGUACUGUCAUGUAUAUUUGUGCCGACGUUUCUUAUCAAGAGGCUCACUGUCAAAUGGACCCUCUGCUUAUCGAUGUUGUGCUACGCGCCCUACAUCGGCUCACAGUUUUACCCAAAAUUUUACACCCUGGUCCCGGCUGGAGUCCUACUGGGUCUCGGUGCCGCUCCCAUGUGGGCAGCAAAAGCCACUUACUUGACCCAAGUCGGUGGUGUCUAUGCUAAACUGACCGAUCAACCAGCCGAUGCUAUUGUUGUUAGAUUCUUCGGGUUCUUCUUCCUCGCCUGGCAAACUGCUGAGCUCUGGGGAAAUCUUAUUUCAUCUCUCGUACUAAGCGAAGGAGAAUUCGGUGGCGAAGGUGAUAUUAAUUCAACGCGAUAUGCAAAACUAAAAAGUUGUGGUGCUAAUUUUUGUGUGAUCGGCAACGGCGGGGACGAAUCCUUGAAAAGACCACCAGAUUCCGAGAUAUACGAGAUAUCAGCGAUCUAUUUAACUUGCGUCAUCGUCGCUGUUAUUAUCGUCGCACUUUUUGUGGAUCCUCUUUCAAGGUAUGGAGAAAAACAACGCAAAGCAGAUAGCACAGACCUAAGUGGAAUCCAACUGUUAUCAGCGACAGCUUACCAAUUAAAGAAACCAUACCAACAGUUACUGAUACCAAUUACAGUAUGGAUUGGAAUGGAACAGGCAUUCAUUGGCGCCGACUUUACUCAGGCGUACAUUUCAUGUGCACUUGGAGUUCAAAAGGUCGGCUACGUCAUGAUAUGUUUUGGAGUUGUAAACGCAAUUUGUUCAUUACUUUUUGGUUCGGUAAUGAAAUUUGUCGGAAGACAACCGCUAAUGGCUCUGGGUGCUAUCGUACACGCGGCGUUAAUUGGCGUCCUUUUGGUAUGGAGGCCACACCCUGAAAAUGCAUAUGUAUUUUUUACGGUUUCCGGAUUGUGGGGAGUCGGUGAUGCUGUUUGGCAAACACAGGUUAACGGUCUCUAUGGUACACUCUUUAGACGUAACAAAGAAGCUGCGUUUUCAAACUACCGUUUAUGGGAAAGUGCCGGUUUCGUAGUGGCGUACGCAUACAGUACACAUCUCUGUGCGCGUAUGAAGCUCUACGUGAUGCUGACAGUCCUGAUAAUAGGCUUCAUGGGUUACAUAGUCGUAGAAAUUCUCCACAGGCGCAAACAAAGGCGACUAAAAGCCCUCGCCGAGGAUCCAAAGGCCGCCCAAGCGGCAGCGGAAGCGAACUUGCCCGAAGAAACCGACGACGAGAAGGACGAUAUCGAUGACGAUAUUAUCAUAACACACUUGUAGGAGGAUUUAAAUUGUCAAUCAAGUAAGCCUGACGACAUAUAACAGCCAGGUUAAUUUAGCCUCUCUUACCUCGUUCGCAAGCUCGCUCGUCGACCCGCGCGACCAAUUUAAAUAUUUGAAUACUUAAAUAUAAAUAAACUAAAAGCUUUAAUUUAUGUCAAUAAUAAUAAUUAUUGUUAUUAAAUAUUAUUUAUUAUUUAAAUAAUUAUCGCGGGUUUAUUUAUAAGUUCGCCGGGGCGACGAUCGACGGAAAAAGCUUGAGCCAUUGGAUCCGUAUCGAGUUUUGUGUAAAAACUCUUUGAACGUGUCCGUUAAAUUGUACAGUAUGUUAUCGAAUAUAUAAUGGAUUAGAAAGUGUGAUGAUUUAUUAUUUAUCAAUAAAUUUAUUAAUUAAAAUCGAUUGGAGAAUCGUGAGAAGACCGGCCGGUUUAUUUUUUAAACUGAUCGGCUGUCAUUGAGUGUAUCAAGGGACUCAUAUAUGAACACCCGGAGAUUAUUAAGGAAUACUAAUUUGUUAUUUUUUAUUUUAAAUGUUAUAUAUAUAUAAAUUUAGUAUGUAAUGUGUAAUUGUUAUAUUAUAUAUAUAUAUAUAAAUAUAUAUAUCAUGUAGGCCGCGUCGCGCGUGCAAUAACACGUUUUAAAUUUUAAAAUUCAACUUACGACACUUGCGAAACAGUAUUUUUUACACGUUUAUUUAAAACGUUAUCAAGGACAUUUUCAGUUCUUAAAUAAUUCAUUGAAAAUUUUUUUUUUUAUUAAACUUAUCGGAGGAUAAUUUAUUUCAUUGUUCAAAUCUAUGUCGAGAUCUACGAGAUCAAAAUUUUAAAAAAAUUUCAAUUCGCGGCAAAUUAAAUUUGAAUUUUUUCCCGCGUAUAUUUAAAAUAAAAUAAAUAAUCAGUAGUAAAAAUAAAUUUAUUUUCUAUGAGUUAAUGUCCUUGCUUACAUUGAAGACAACUUAUAAAUAUACAUAUAUUUAUAUUUAUAAUUAUAUUUAUACGAUAUUUACAUUUAUAAAAAAAAAAUAAACGGUAGUAACAAUGAUGGAUUAUCAUGACCAAUAAAUCCGAUCGUUUUUUUUAUCGGUAAUUAUUUAUUUGGCCUUCGAUCGGUACUGUUUAAAAUAAGUACUGAGUACUGGUUGUAAUUUUUUUUUUGUUAACAAAUAAAAAGCUGAAAAAAAUCAAACUAUUAUACUUUAUUACUCUGGUAUGUGAAGUACAUUACGAAUUACGAUGAUACUGAGUAUCGAUUAUGUACACGAUUAUAUAUUUUUUAUUAAUUAUCUCAGCUUUGAGUUUAUUUUAAGGACACUUUUCUUCCCUUAGCAAGUAUUAUAUGAAAUAUGAAAUUAUGCAAAAAAAAAAAAUGCAUUACAGGAAACAAGAAGUUGUAAGACACGCCUAUAGCAACUAUUUAUAUCCGUGCGUGAUACCAGUUUAGUUUUUUUUAAAUUAAUAAAUUGCACGGCUCUAAGUGAUAUUAAAUUUUAAAAACAGUUUUAAAAAAAGUCGAUUGUGUUUAAUAAAUUAUUGGUGUUUAUUUAUAUUAAUUUUUGAAUAUAUUCCGCGUGAUAAAAAAUAUAAUAAAUGAUUACGGAAGAAAAACUGGUACCGGUUUGCGAAAAAAAAGUUUAUUGCAUUAGCAUACGGAAAAAAUUAAUUAUAUAUUGUAUUGUAGGGGAAUAUGGACCCGAUGGGGUAAAAUAGGCCGUAGAAAUUUUUAGCUGUCAUAUUGAGACCAAUUUUUUUACACAGAAAAAAAAAAUAAAAUUUCGGCGCGAAAAUUUGAAUUUGAAAUUCAAAAGAAAAAUUUUUUAGAAGUGAGUUUAAUUUUCGGCGCCAAAAUAUCCUUUUUUUCUGUGUGAGAACUAAAGUUCUUUGGAAAAUUAUUUUAGCAGCCCAUUUUGCCCCUUUACUUAUUCUCUGAGGUUUCAAAAUAAAUUUCGUUAUUUUUUUUCGUACAUUUAAAAUAAAAGUAAUCAUUUAAAAAAAUAUAAAAGUUAAUAUUGUGAUAUAGAGUAAUAAAUUUAUAAAUAAAACAAUAGAUACAUAUAAUAAAAUACCCAUAAAAAUAAAUAUAUAACAAAUAAAUCAAAGUGAUAAAAUAAAUAAUAAAUAUGUCGUGUAGAUAAUUUCUUAUUCAGACAUAUAACAAAACUACUUUUUCAUUUGCGUAAUGUACCAUUCACUAUUAUGUAUAAGAUCAAUCUGCAACAUUUUAAACUCAAUUUAUAUUUAUAUAUAUAAUAUAAAUAUAAAUUGUAAUACACGAGUAAUCUACCUUACACUUACAUUUUAUUCUUACAAAAAAAUAUGUACGACCUUGUUUUGCUUUCAAUUACAACUAUUACAGCCCAACAUUUUUUUACGCAAUGAAAAUAAAAAAAAUGAAAAAUAUUUAAAAUAAUUAUUUUAGAAAAAAAUAAUAUGAACGUAUAAAUAAUUGUCAGCAAGUUAAAUCACGAGUAAUUAUAAAAAAGCACUUGAUAUAAAUAAAUAAAAUAUAUAGAAAUUAUUUUCUACAACAAAAAGAACAAAAAAAUAUUUAAUAAGUAAUAAAAAAAUUGUAUGUAUUGCAUACUGUUAUAUACAUAUCUUAAUUAUAUUAAUUAUAUUAAUUAAUCAGAUAAUGAUAAGAUAAUUAAGGAAUAAUUAAUUAGUGGACCAACAUACCCGAUUAUAAAUUAAAAUUAACUUGUAAGUUAUCAGUUAUUAAGUGUGAUUGAGUCAUGCAUUUAUUCAUGACGAUAAUUAUGAUGAAAAAAAAUUAAUAAUAGGAAAUUACGAUAGUUGUAAAUGCGCGGAUUUAGUAUGUUUUUUUUUUGAAUUUAUUUUAAUUCAGUAACUUGUCCUUGGUGUUUUUUAAAAUUUUUCAUUUUAUAACUUAUCCAUAUUAAUAUUAAUAUUAUUAUUAUGAUUAUUGUUAAUUAAUGAUUAUUGCCGGCACGACGCUCGUGAACGCUUUAGGCGAAUAUUUGUACAGUAUAAAUUGUAAUUAUUAGUUUAUAUUAAUUUACAAUUAAAUAUAUGUCUUUAUAAUAUAAA